UCCAAUAUCACCACAUUUUCAGUCAAAUAUCAUCAAUAAAUCCUUGCUUCUCCAAUUUGUUGACUUCACCACAUCGUCCGCAUGGAUGACAGCCAUUUCAUUCUAGAACUUUCGACCCACCAUGAGCCUUAACACCUUGGACCUGACCUACAAAUGUUCCAUAUAUUUUGUCCUUCUCCUUCUAUUGGCCAAAUGUAGGGAAUGUCCCCAAUCAAAAUCACAUAAAAAGCACACUUGAUCUUCACUUUUGUUUUGUUCCAAAAUCAGUCUAAAUUAUUGCUCUUCAGUUGCCAAAUCAGUGACCAAUUUGUCUUCGAUCUACACUUAUCUCCACCCCCACCAUCAAUCCAUCAUCAUCUCCACCAGUCAAUGGCAUUACAUAUUCAACACGCUUUGUAUGCAGUGAUACAAGUCUUCCACUACCAUCUCUGCUUAUAUAUAUAUAUCACUAAAUCUUCUUCCAUUAUCGUACAAGCAUAGAGAGCAGAAGUAGUAAAACAUGAGAAGCCUUUUUGUUUUCUUCUUAUCUGCUUUUCUACUUUUCGUGCUAUUUUUCAAAGCCAAUGGAGCAUCUGCAAGAGAUAAAGAUGGUGUCUAUAUUGUUUACAUGGGAGCUGCAGGUUCCGCAACAAGAGAUAACCAUGCUAAACUAUUGAAUUCUGUGUUAAAGAGGAAUGCGAAUGCUGUAGUUCACAACUACAGACAUGGAAUCGCAGGCUUUGCAGCGCGUUUAUCAGCAGAUGAAGCACGUUUACUAGCUCGAAAACCGGGAGUAGUAUCAGUUUUUCCUGAUCCUCUCUUGCAGCUGCACACAACUCGUUCAUGGGAUUUCUUGAAGUAUAUAACUGAUAUAAGGAUUGAUUCAACCCCCAGUUCGGACUCUAAUUCUUCCUCGGACGACACCAUCAUUGGCUUUCUUGAUUCGGGAAUUUGGCCGGAGUCAGAGAGCUUCAAUGACAAGGGGAUGAGUCCAAUUCCUUCGCGGUGGAAAGGAAUCUGCAUGGAAGGGCCAGAUUUCAAUGCCUCAAACUGUAAUAGGAAGAUAAUUGGGGCAAGAGUCUAUGAUGACCCUAGUCGUCCAACUCAAAACUCCAACUCGGUGAGGGAUGAAGUAGGGCAUGGCACUCAUGUAGCUGCUACUGCUGCAGGGAGAGCGGUUCAGUCUGCAUCUUAUUACGGCCUAGCAAAAGGCACUGCAAAAGGAGGUUCACCCGGAUCAAGAAUUGCUGUUUAUAAAGUAUGCGGUCGUUAUUUAUGCUCAGGCUCCAGCAUAUUAGCAGGAUUUGAUGAUGCAAUAGCUGACGGUGUUGAUAUUCUCUCUGUGUCGAUUGGUUCAACUGCUGGAUCAACUGAACUUAAAAAUGAUCCCAUUGCCAUUGGAGCAUUCCACGCCGUGGCCAAGGGGAUUACUGUGGUAAGCUCUGCAGGGAAUGGUGGACCAUACUUAGAAACAGUUGUGAAUGAUGCACCUUGGAUCUUGACCGUUGCCGCCACUACCAUUGACAGGGAUUUUAAGUCUGAUGUUGUCUUGGGUGACAAGUCUGUACUUAAGGGUGAAGCCAUAAACUUUGCUGACAUUCAGAAAUCUCCAGUGUACCCUCUGAUAUAUGGCAUGGCAGCCAAGAAGGCCAAGGCUUAUGAUUACGACGCAAGGAACUGCCAUCCGGGUUCAUUGAAUAAAACUUUGGUGAGGGGGAGGAUCGUUUUGUGUGAUAACGAAGAAGGUGAGGACGAUGAUUACACAUUGGAAGACAGAAGCGAAGAAGUGAAGAGUACGGGAGGAGUUGGUGCAAUAGUGCUAGAUGAUAUGUGGAGAUCAGUGGCACGGACAUAUGGUACAUUUCCAACGACUGUGAUCAGUUUAAAAGAUGGCGCCAAGGUCUUUUCAUACAUGAACUCAACAAGAAACCCCAUUGCAACAAUUUUGGCGACUGAAAUGGUAACAAACUUUAAGCCAGCACCUGCAGUUGGGUACUUCUCAUCUAGAGGUCCUUCUGGUAACCAGUGGAACAUUCUCAAGCCUGACAUCUCGGCACCGGGAGUCGACAUACUUGCAGCAUGGAAUGGCAACAACACCAAACCAACUCGAAAGGGCAAACCACUAUUCAACAUCCUUUCUGGGACUUCUAUGGCAUGUCCACACAUUUCUGGAGUUGCAGCCACAGUGAAAUCUAAGCACCCCACAUGGAAUCCUUCUAUGAUCAGCUCAGCCAUCAUGACAACAGCAUUCCAGACCAACAAUCUUAAGGAACCAAUAACCACAGAUUCGGGUUCAAUAGCCACGCCUUACGAUUAUGGUGCAGGGGUAGUAAGCACUAGUGGAUCAUUAAAUCCUGGAUUGGUUUAUGAGACGACCACCAUUGACUACCUAAACUUCCUCUGUUAUUUUGGAUACAAUGAGUCCACAAUUCAGAUGAUCGCAAACGCCACUGCCGCUAAUUUUACUUGCCCGCAAAAAUCGAGCAAAGACUUGAUCUCAAAUAUCAACUACCCAUCAAUAUCAGUCUCAAAUUUCAUAGGAAAACAGACCAGGACCAUUAGCAGAACUGUUACCAACAUUGCUGAGGAAGGUCACGCAACUUAUAUAGCAACUGUGGAUGCACCUGUUGCACUACACGUCAAAGUGAUCCCAGACAAACUGAAGUUUACAAAGACUGGUGAGAAGCAUACUUACCAAGUGAUCUUCUCCUCCAACUCCUCGCCCUCUGACAAAGACAUGUUCGGAUCAAUUACAUGGACUAAUGGAAAGAUUAAGGUCCGAAGUCCAUUUGCUGUGAGCAGCAGUAGCAGUUGAUGUAAGAAGCCAAGGUCAUUGACUCAUUUCUAUGACUCCCAAGCUACAAUAAGACCCAAUAUAUGUUAACUACAUAUCUAUGGAGCUAUGUGACUGGAAACUGAUACCUUUGAUCAAAGUUAUAACUGUAAUGACCAAAAAUUGUUGGACGAAUUGAUUAGUAAAAUCUACGACUCCAUAAGUUUGCUAUUCCAU